AUGGGCAAAGGUGGCAAGGGCAAAGGCAAGAAAGGCAAGGGGAAGCAGUCCUUUGAGCCCGAAGGCCCCCCCGACGAAAUCGAGGAGAUCGGGGAGGCCGUGCACCCGUGCGAAGACCAGCUGGUCUGCAAGUGUACAAAUGAGAGGGUCCCGCACUUCAAUGCGCGACUUUUCCUCGAGAACAAGGAGGAAAUUGGCAAGGUGGAUGAUGUUUUCGGACCCAUCAAUGCUUUUUACUUCUCCGUGAAGCUUGGGGAGGGCAUGCAGGCCGGCUCCUUCAAGACGGGCAAGAAGUUUUACAUUGACACAAUGAAGCUUCUGCCGCUCAGCCGCUUCCUGCCGCAACCCCCCGGGGGUGGCAAGGGUGGGAAGGGCAAGGGCGGAAAAGGCAAGAAAGGCGGCGGAAAAGGUAAAGGUGGUGGGAAAGGGAAAGGCAAAGUCAAGGGCAAGAGCAAGGACAAAGGCGGUGGGGGCAGAGGAGGUGGCGGUCGAGGACGUGGUGGAUGA